ACAAGCCUGCAGCUGAUAGGCUGUUUUGGUGGGUUAUAGUUGCCGCGCAGAUGUGCAUGGCUGUUGCCACCAGAGGCAGUUUUGGCGGGCUCAGCCUUACAGAUAUCAUGUUUUCUGCAGACUUCAGUUCAGUCUCCUUUCUAGUGUGUUAGCAUUUGCAGCUCUGACUUGGGUUUUUUCAACUACAUUUUCACAAUGAAAAUAGCAUCCUUCAAUGUGAAGAACUUGGGAAUGAAAAAAGUCAGAAACAAGGCUGUCCUCAACAACCUCACUGAGAUCAUGUCUCAGUACAGCAUUGUGGUGAUACUGGAGGUGGUAGACAGAGCCGAGAAAGCCAUGGAGAUCUUACUGACAGAACUCAACACCACCACAGAGCAUGUCUACCACAAGAUCGCCAGCACCCCCCUAGGGAGAAGCACCUACAAGGAGCAGUUUGUUUGUUUCUACAGAAAAGAUGAGGUGCAACUGAGAGACGUUUACCAGUAUGAAGAUAAUCAACCAGGAGAUGAGGACGCCUUCGCCAGAGAGCCCUUCAUUCUGCGCUUCAGCUGUCCCACCACAGUUGUGAAAGAUCUGGUCCUGAUUCCAGUCCACACGCAUCCUGAGGACACCCUGAAGGAGCUGGAUGAGCUUUAUGAUGUGGUUGAGGAUGUCUGGGUGAAGUGGGGAACUGAUAACAUUAUGAUCUUAGGAGACUUCAACGCUGCCGGUCGAUAUCUUUCCAAGAAGAACAAGAAAAUGAUCUGCAUCUGUUCUGAACCCUUUUACUGGCUGAUCAAAGACAAGGUCGACACCACGGCUAGUAACAGUAACGACUACACUUACGACAGGAUUGUGGUGUAUGGAGAGCACAUGCAGAAGUCGAUCGUCCCCAGAUCUGCCAAGGCUUUCAACUUCCAGAAAAAGUUCAAGCUGACCGAUAAAGAGGCGCUCAGCAUCAGUGACCAUUACCCUGUGGAGGUGAAGCUGAAGAUCGAUGAAAACUACCAGCCACCAAGACAAAGGAAGAAGGCUGUGCCCCGAACAAAAAAAGCCAAUGGUCAAACUCCAAAGAGAGGAACACAGAAGAAGAAACCUGCAGCACCAAAAAGGAUGCGAGGACAAUCAGCUGCAACCAGUUCAGCAGUGAAGAGGAGACGUUAGGACAUAUCUGCUGUUAAGAUUUCCCAGAUCCUGUAUCAGCUAAUAAAAUGAUAGCUCUGAAAUACUGCAUCUCAGUGUAAAUUAGAUAUCCUUUCUAAUACUGUUCAAGUAAAAUUAUUGUGGGGACAAAUAAAAAUUAAAG